UUAAAAUGGUUAAGACCACGCUUGCUUCAGGAUCUCUCUUCGGGCUUCCAACCUUACUUCAAUAUAGCCCUGACACUGGACCUUGUGCCGUGUGCAAAAAGCCAUCCGCGCGCCCCUGCAGCCGCUGCCGCGUGGAUUUUUACUGUGGAAAGGAACAUCAAACUCUUGACUGGCCUCGUCAUCGCAAGGGAUGCGGCGUGUUGGCCGUGGAAAGCAACGAGGCCCUUGGGCGAUUCGUCGUCGCCACCCGUGCCAUUCCUGCCGGCACAAUCUUGAUGAGGGAGGUGCCCCUCGUAGCCUACCCGGUGGUCCUUCUACCUCAUGCGGCAUGCACGGGAUGCUUUGCCCGGUUGCCGUUGGGCCCGCUGCAAGGAUGCCAGCGCUGUGGAUUUCCCGUGUGCGGCGAGGCCUGCAGCUUGAAGGAGGUGCACCUCCCGGAAUGCUCUGCUUUCCAGCGCGCCGGCUUCAAGUUGAGCACCAAGCUGUACCUCGAAGAUGACAAGUACAUGAACGCGUUGAAAGCGCUGAGAGUGCAUCUGGCAACCCAGAAAAUGCCACAGGGACGACGCUUGGCUGAACUGAAGAGUGACUUUCAGCCCCGUGGCCAGUCGGGGAUUCCGGAGGUGUAUGCCUGGGAACUCGGUCAAAGAGUUGAAGAGACUUCUGCCAGAAUUGCCAAGGCGGUGUCGUGGCUGCGCGGCAAGGUUGGCAUGAAGUGGAUCCCCGCCAAGGACUUGGAACGGGCUCUGGGCGCCGUUGACAUGAACGCCCUCCAGGGGUCGCCAUGCUACAACAUGGACCCUGAUGCUCUCCAGGCGGUCGGCCUGUUUGCCGGGCACUCCCUGCUGGAGCACUCGUGCGCCCCCAACGCCUUCUCGUACUACUGGCACAACGAGGACGAUAGCAACCGGGACGACAUGGAGACGGUCUUGGUGGCGGCGAGAGACAUUGCCCGCGGGGAGCACGUGACCAUCACGUACCUGGACGGCAACAGUGUCUGCGACGCGCCGACCAGGCGCCAGACGCUGCUCAAUUGGUCCUUCUUCUGCCGCUGUGUGUUGUGCAGAGACCCCACGGAGCUGGGGCUCCACCUGACGGCUUGGUACUGCGGCUACUGCAACCGCAAGGGCAGACGCUGCUUGGUGGAGGUCCCAGAUAUUUGUGGCUUUGGCUGCGAGGGUUGCGGCGAAGGAGGCUAUGUGAGGAAGGACGCCGAGGGAAACGGCUGGGCUGAAGUUUCGCGCCUCGAAGCGCGGAUCAAGGAGCUUCGGGGAAGCGGCCAGAAGGUGCCCAGGAAGGUGUGGAAGGGUCUUCUUUCCGAGGCCCUGCGGACCGGUGGCGUAUUGCACCCCACCCAUGCCCUGGUGCUGCAAGUGAAGAAAGAGCUGGCGUUCGAACGCGCCCUCGACAAACUUGCUGGGAGGGUUCCAGCAGACGCGUCGGGGCAAGCAGGUGAUUUGCGCCAGGAUGUAGCCUACACUCGUGAGCUGCUUCGUGUCAUGGACGUCCUCCAGCCAGGGAUCAGUCCAGCCCGUCGGGAUUGCUUGAUGAAUCUCUACGAUUUGACUGAGGCCCUCUUGGAGCUCCCAGGGAAUGAGAACAACGAGGCUUUGAUGAAGGAGUACGUGGAACUUAAUGAAAAGAUCCAACCCUGCCUUAUCAAUCCCCAGGAGAAGAAAAAUUUCCCUGCCUUAUUUGCGGAAACUUGAAAAGUUUCUUGUUAGUGCUUGAAUAUGCCCGAAGUUAUUUGGUAUACUGCAUUCAUCUAGUUUGUGAACUUCCAUCAUAAUCAGCACGAUCAAAAUAAACGU